UGUAGCUCGCGUGCGGCAAAUGGCUGCCGAUUACGGGUCGAAAUGUAUUUAAAUAGUUAGGUCGAGUUGUUUGGACCGAGCUUUCGCGCCAGCAUAAAACUGUAAAGAUGAGUGAAGUAAACGAAAAUUCGAUAAAAAAUGGCAAACCCGAGGAGGAAGAGGAUUUGUGCGAGGCGGCAAUUAACGGCGUUGUCGGCAGAAAGAUUUUACUCGAACUUUUCGAACGUAACGACCACAGCGUCAAUAAGGUUCACUUUUCGAAGGUGCCUGAGAUCUGCAAGGACGAGCCGUGUCUGCUCGGAGUCGACGAGGCGGGUCGCGGUCCGGUCCUGGGUCCGAUGGUCUACGGGAUCUCGUACGCGCCGUUGUCCCAGAAGCAGCUGCUCGUCGACCUGAGCUGCGCCGACUCCAAGAGCCUGAAGGAGAAGAAACGCGACGAGAUAUUCGAGGAAAUCUGCAAGCACGAGGACAGAAUCGGCUGGGCGAUCGACGUGAUAUCGCCCAACGUCAUCGCCAACAGCAUGUACCGUCGCACCAAGGUCUCGCUGAACGAGACCUCCAUGACGUCGGCCGCGAACCUGAUCCAGGGAGCGAUCGAGGCGGGCGUGAACGUCGCCGAGAUUUACGUGGACACCGUCGGCAGGCCCGAGUCCUACCAGGCUAGGCUGCAGGGCCUGUUCCCCGGCGUCAAGAUAGUCGUGGCGAAGAAAGCCGACGCGACCUAUCCGGUCGUCAGCGCGGCCAGUAUAUGCGCCAAGGUGUCGCGCGAUCACGCGAUACGCGCGUGGCGGUUUCGCGAGGGCAAGAACAUCGGGACCGAGUACGGCAGCGGCUACCCCAACGACCCGGCGACUAAAAGUUGGCUGCUCGCGAGCGUGGACCAGGUGUUCGGCUUCCCGCAGCUGGUCCGCUUCAGCUGGUCCACCGUCGAACAGAUUCUCCAGUCGAAAGCGCUGGAGGUGGAGUGGGAAGAAGCGGAGGAGACGCAAGCCCCCAACGAGCAGAAGAUUUUCAAGUUUUUCGCCAAGUCCCCGGCUAAAUCGUUCAGCGUUCACGCGAAAAAGCAUCCGUUCUUCACGGAACGCUGUCUCUCCAACGCCACCACCUUAUGAUAUUUGCUUUAAGCUUGAUUUCUUCCUUUCCUGUUGCAGCCGUAUAAUGGGAGUUUAAAGAUUCUUAAUGGAAGGUAUUUAUAGGAAUUAUUAUUAUUAUUAUUCUAUAUCUAGUUUGUAACAUUCAUCAAUAAUUUUUGUAAUUAUCGCGACAUGUACGAGACGAGUUCGGAUUAAAAGCGAGGAAUAUUAAA